CUCGCCCCGCUCCCACUGCCGCACGCGGCAACCUGUUCGCGUGACUCCGUUACAGUCGGCGCUGUUUCAGUUGACGCAGGAGAAUGGCGAAAGUGCCGUGACUCGGGCUUGUUGUUGUUUGUUGUUGUUGUUUUGUUGUUGUUGUUGGGCGACUAAGAUGGCCGCCUGCUAACGCGGCUGCUGCUGCUGCUGCCUGUGGUGGCGCCUUCGCUGUAUGAGGAGACGUGAGGAGAGAUCUCCCCUUGGGGCAGACGAGGGGGCAGCAGCAGCAACAACCACGACGAAGACGACGAAGAGACCGCGAGUGUGGAUGGCGUCAGCGUGCAAGGCGGCGGCCUCCUCCUCCUCCUGCUCCUCCUGCUGCUGCAGCUGCAGCAGCAGGAGGAGGAGGGCGGCCCUGGCGGUACUCAUGGCCCUGCUGGUGGCCAGCCUGGUCCUGCACCCCGUGGCUCGGCGUGGCUCGGCCUGGCUCGUUGCCGCGGCAACGGGGAGGCCGCUGCCGUGGCAGCACUCGGUCGUCAUGAUCACGUGCCCCACGGAGGCCGUGGCGCGUGACAUGGCACGUUCAUUGGUGGAGAGGCGCUUGGCUGCUUGUGUCAGCAUCAUCCCUAAGAUCACUUCCUUCUUCCGCUGGGAGGGCCACGUGGAGGAGCAGGGAGAGUUUCUUCUGACCCGCUUCCCAGGGCUGCGAGUGAGGCACCUGUUCCUCGUGUGGCUGGGCGUGCUGGUGGGGAGCUGGGUGCUCUACAUGCAGUACUCCUCCUACACGGAGUUGUGCCGUGGAGCCGUCUGCAAGAUCAUGGUGUGUGAUCAGUACAAGAAGGGUAUAAUAGCCGGAUCGGCCUGUAGUGCCCUGUGUGAGGAGAAGACGCUGCAGUUCCAGCGCUGUCUGUCGACUCACCCCACUCGCCAGGUGUACACGGGCCGCUGGGGCAAGGCGGACGUGGUGAUCAAGUGCGGACUGGAGGAGGCGUUCCGCCUGGACCUGGAGCCCGACUCGUCCCCGCGGCGCGAACUCGUCCUCUUCGACAAACCCAUCAAAGGCACCUCCAUGGACGAGUUCAAGGAGAUGCUGCUGCACUUCCUGCAGACCAAGCUGGGCAACCAGCCGAGCCUGCCGGAGCUGGUGUCGCACCUCAUCGCGCUGGCCGACGUGAACCGCGACGGCAAGGUGUCCCUGGCCGAGGCCAAGUCGGCGUGGGCGCUGCUGCAGCGCAACGACUUCCUGCUCAUGGCGGUGCUGCGCGAGCGCGAGCACGCGCCCCGCCUGCUGGGCUUCUGCGGAGACACCUACGUGACGGAGCGCGUCGGCGUCACGCGCCUCUACGGCGUCGCGCCCCCGUGGCCGCUGGCGUCGGUCGUGCCGGCCUGGCUGAGCCGGGCGGCGGAGCGGGCCCUGCUGGCGCCGCCCUGGGCCCUGCGCGCCAAGGUGUCCAUCGGCCUGCUCGAGUUCACCGAGGAGGUGUUCCACGGCGCGUACGGCUCGUUCCACGUGUGCGAGGCCGGGCCCGCCGCCUUCGGCCACAACGAGCGGCACGACGCGCGCCUCCUCGACCUCGGCGCCGUCGUGCCCGAGGCGGCGCUGCGCGAGGCGCUGGCGGCGCGCCGCUGCGACUCGGACGGGGACUGCGUCGUGGGCAGCGACUGCCGCGCCGCCUGCGACCGGCUGGCGCGCCGCUGCUCCCCCGACGCCAUCCAGCCCAACCUGCCCAAGGUGUGCGCGCUGCUCGCCGAGUACCUGCUGGCGGGCUGCCCCGCCCACGUGGCCGCCGAGCUGCGGCGCCAGCUGGCCGUGUGCACCAGCCUGCGCGGUUCGGCCAACACCAUGGAGGUGCACCACUCGCUGGUGCUCAACAACCUCAAGGCGCUGCUCUGGAAGCAGAUCUCCAACGCCAAGGAGGCGUGACGGCGACGCCGCCGUCGGCGCGGCGGCGGCGGCACCGCCACCGCGCGAGAUUCGCAGCAAGCGAGAGUGAUGUAAAGGCGGCGAGGAAAGUAAGCGGAGUAGCGAGCGAGCCGCAAACACGACGACGGCCACCUCGGGUGGCGCCUGCAGGUGAGGGUGGCGCGUGGGAGACGAGCGGCGGCCAUCCGACGGUGAACAAAACAUGAAGGAGUCUACAGAAAUGUGAAGGUAGAGGGCGUUUCAGGACACAAGGGGAGUCUACGAUGGGCUGGUCCCACUGAUCGGCUGGUGCCAGUCCUAGCAGCUGACAUCACUUGUCAGCCGGUGCCACUGAUCAGUUGGUGCCACAUGAUCAGCUGGUGCCAGUCCAAGCAGCCGGUGCCACUGAACAGCUGCCAGUCCGAGCAGUCGGUACCACGUCUGUCAGCUGGUGCACUCGGAUUGAGGGGGGUGAUCUGACAUUUGGGCACCAGCGGGAGGACGUCGAUGCGUGAACGCGUCGUUCUUGUUGUUGCUGUUGAGGGUGCGGUGGCAAGUUGAGAUAUUUAGUUGAACCACUUAGCGAUGGAUUUGCACUUGAGAAAUCAGCUCAUCGCCUCCCCCCCCCCCCCCCCGAUGACGAUAGGACCCAGCUCCCGAAGACGCGAUGGUGGCUCUCAUCCCGUGGUGAACUCUCCACGGCGAUUUCUGUCAAAGUCGCCGUUCGGAACGAAGCAUCAGUGAAGAUCACUCCCCUCCUCACCCCAUCCCGUAGCGCGGCCCACAUCGGAUCGGGCUUGCAGCUACUACCUGCAGCAGCAGCAGCUUUGUAAGAAGCAGCAGCAGCAAGAGCAAAUGAACAGAGAAAUUGAAAGUGCAGCAGCAGCAGCAGUGCAGUCAAGAGCCUCGGGCAUUGGCAUGAAAUUGCUGACGGAGCUCCCCCCCCCCCCCCGAUUGGCUGGUCAAAUACUGCAGCAGGGUGGGAUGUGACAAUAGCCACAGCCUAGAGCGAGGUAUACUGGACGUGGUGUGCCGGGCAUGUCAAUGUUUUCUGGGUCACCUAUCCGGCUGAAAUGAAUACCCUAACUGUGCUUCUAAUUAGUGUGUGUGCGCCGUCAGGCUGCGUGGGGAGCCAGGAGUGUCCCGGUUAGCGUGUCGCACUACGAACCCGGCGGCCCAAGUUCAAUACCCGCUCGAGGCCAACAUCAGUGAUAACGAUUAUCUGGUCUUGGGCUUCCCCUCGGUCGACUCAGCCUCAAAUGAUUACCUGGUGCGGUGUAAAAAUUGCCACCGGGGAGACAAAGGCGGUCGGGCGUGGUGCUGGCCACCCCCUCACCCCUGAUGCGGCCUUCACAGGUGCUGCGAGCGAGAAGCACCAACAGCCUGUUGAGGCUGUGCGGGGGGGGGGGGUGUCUCUCUUGGCAAGAGCAGCCCCCAGCCCCUUGCCCUGUACUCUGGCAAGUGUGGCUCAUGCCCAAUUGGCUGGUGGCAGUUUCGUGGGGGCUGGUUUGCAAAGAACCGGCAGCAGUCUGUUGAACUUCUUUCACACCGUACAUAGCCAACCGGUGCUUUUUGGAGGUGCAGCAGGGUGGGAGGUCAAACUCAAUUUCAAAGGCAGUUCUACAGAAAUGUGGAGACUGGAGGGAAAUCUCUGCCAAGUGAUCACGAGACUCUACUUUGCAAGGAUGGACCCGCGGCCGUACAGGUUAGAACAGGACACUUUCUCCUGAACGACGAUGCAGCUGCUGCUGCUUGGUCCUCUGCACACCGAUGAAGGAUGGACUGCAACACUGAGCGGCUGGUGGGCAACGGCUUCGUGAUGAUCUCGGCUUGCUCCCCACAAUCAAUCCUCCUGCCACCCCCUCACAGGGUCCACAUUUACAAAGGGUCCCUCAUCUCCAAUUUUAACUUUGGGGGGGGGGGGGGGGCUCCAUGGAUGUGUAAAACAAAAAAAGUGAAUAACCACUGCAAGGAACCACCACACGGUCCCCACACAUUGAGAUUGCGUUUAAUUUUGUGCUCGUUUGAAGCGCUUCAAUGCCACUGCAGUCGAGGGGGGCACACGGGCCCCUUGCACACCCCCCCCCCCCCCGGUGGCAUGACCACCAGUCACGCGGCAUUGGCUCGGAGCAAGGCAGCUAGACCAUGGCGACGCGGGUUGUGUGAGGUGUACAGUUACAAGCCCUGCUGCAUCCCAUACUUGAUCCUAAAUAUUUAUUUAGCUUUUUGUUUAAGCCCUCUACCUCCCACCACUGUGACCCCUCGCUCUGGGGUCGGCUGGUAAAGCCCCACACUGUGGGGCACCGU